AUGCCGCUGCAGACGGAGAUCCUACGAGAGGUUUGGGCGGCCGAAAGCCCCAGCGAGGAGUCGGGGAGCCCCCAGCAGCAGAAGCCAAAGCAGGCCCCCCAGGCACGGCGCUCUCCAUCACGGGGUCGCUUGAAAUGCCCAGGGGUGAAGAAGCUGAGGAAGAAGAAGGAGGAGAAGGGGGAGGAGGAGAGCGACAAGGACCGCUGCCCUAAAGCCACCCGGGAACCCCGAAAGAAGAAGGAGAGCCCGGCACCCCACUCCCGCGUGGCCAAGAUCCCAAAGAAAGCCACAAGCCACGAGGGGGCGGUGUGGCCGUGCGCGCCCCCCCCGCCGCCACCCACGGCCGGGACCGUGCCCACGGCAGCCGGUGCUUGGGGGGGGGACGGUCCCUGCCGAAAAAAUUGGGGGCUGCGGGGACCUGCUCCCGGUGAAACCGUCCCAUCGCCAACGCCGUCGUGUCCCCGCUGGGCAGAGCCGGCCGAGGACUCGGAGGAUGAGGAUGAGGAGGAGGAAGAGGAGGUGGAGGAUAAAGAUCCGCCGAAAAAGCUGAAGAAGAAGGUGCCCAAAGAGCCCCCCGCGGGUGAAGGACGGGAGAAGAAGCUGAAGGCGAAGGGAGACAAGAGUGACCCCGAUGGCAAAGCCAAACCCUCCAAGAGCACCAAGAAGGAGCCGACGGCCAUGUUCCAGGUGAACGGGGAGAAGAAGGAGAAGAAAAGCAAGAAGAAAGCCGCCACCGGCAGCGAUGAGGAGGACGACUCUGACUCCAGCACCAAACCCAUCAGGUCGGAGAAGAAGAAAAACCCCGCGUCCCUCUUCCAGACCGGCGGGGACCCCCCCAAGGAGAAGAAAACCAGAAAGAAAGCUCCCCCCAAAGCAGCCGACAGCGAGGAGGAGACCCUGGAGUCACCGCAGAAAAAUUCCAACAAGAAGGGCAAAGGGAAGAAAUCCAAGAAGAAGGAGGAGAGGCCCCCGUCACCCGUCAUCGAGGUGGACAACCUGGAGGAGUUCGUGCUGCGCCCGGCUCCGCAGGGGGUGACCAUCAAGUGCCGGGUGACACGGGACAAGAAGGGCAUGGACCGGGGGCUGUACCCCACCUAUUACCUGCACUUGGAUAACGACAAGAAGGUCUUCCUCCUCGCUGGGAGGAAGCGCAAGAAGAGCAAAACCUCCAACUACCUCAUCUCCAUCGACCCCACGGACCUGUCGCGGGGCGGCGAGAACUUCAUCGGGAAGCUGAGGUCCAACCUGAUGGGGACGAAGUUCACCGUGUUCGACAACGGGGCCAACCCAGGACAGGGCCAACGCCGACUGGUCCAACGUGCGGCAGGAGCUCUCGGCCUGUGGUUUACCCCGUGGUGGUCGCUGGAUUUAUGGCCGGGGCUUCUCCUGCAGGAGACGAACGUCCUGGGGUUCAAAGGGCCCCGCAAGAUGACGGUCAUCAUCCCUGGGAUGAACUCGGAUAACGAGAGGGUGCCCAUCCGGCCCCGAAACGACAACGACGGGCUCCUCAUGAGGUGGCAGAACAAGAACAUGGACAACGUGAUCGAGCUGCACAACAAGGCGCCGGUGUGGAACGACGAGACCCAGUCCUACGUCCUCAACUUCCACGGCCGCGUCACCCACGCCUCCGUUAAAAACUUCCAGAUUGUGCACGGCAGCGACCCCGACUACAUCGUGAUGCAGUUCGGGCGCGUGGCCGACGACGCCUUCACCAUGGACUACAACUACCCGCUGUGCGCCCUGCAGGCCUUCGCCAUCGCCCUCUCCAGCUUCGACGGGAAAGCUGGCCUGCGAGUAGCCCCCCACGCCGCCCCCCAUCCCCCUGUGCCCCCUCGCUCCCCAUUUUUCGCUCACCCAAUUUCGGCCGCCCGUUCCCCGGCUCGCCCGGGGCCGGCUGCGGGUCCCGGGCAGGAGGCAGAGUCAGGCCCGGGGUAUAUUUAGCAGAUGAGGCUGCCUGUGAUCCCGAUUUCAGCCCUUUGAGACGUUUCUUGGACUCGAAUCCUGGAAACUCAUCCCUCUUUUUUUUUUUUUUUUGGUCUGUUUUGUAUUUUGUAGCGUGUUCUUUAAACAAGAAGGGGGGGUUGGUGGUGGCCUUUGGUUUGGGGUGGUUCCUCGUCCCCCUGCGGGCGCGUGGCCGGGCUCUGCCCAAGGUCACCCCGUGGCACCCCCAGCGCCCACCACCUCCAGGACCAGGAUUUUAUUUAACAUUUCAUUUAAGCACUACGAGUGGGCACAACACUGCUGGGGGGCAAGGAGCCCCCAGCCCAGCCGAGCAGCAGGGGCCAGCCCCCCAGCACCCCUUUGUUUGCUCCUCUGCUGCGCACACCACUGCUCAGUGCCUUUUGGGCACAAACCCCCUGAUUUUCACCACUUUCUCCUGCACAAAGUGGCUGUGACGUGCCCAGAAGUGCAGUGCCCCUGCAAGCCGUGGGGGUGCCCAUGAGCCCUGUGGGAUUUGGGUCCCCAGGGAGCAGCCUGGCCCCCAUAGGGUGGGCACGUGCCGGAGGGGCAGCCGGUGCCCCCAGGAGCAGACCUGGAAGGGAAAAGCACGGUCGCAGGCAGAAGCAUCGGGUGAUUCACGAGGUGUGGGGCAGCUCUGAGCCACGCUGCUGCACUGGGGACCGGUCCCGCAGAGCCCCCGCUCCAUCUCCAUGUGUCCCCGGAGGUGACAAAGUGGGGGUGCCACCCCGUGACUCGGGCCCCUGGGUUGUAAACGGGUGCUGAGCAAGGGGAGAUGCUGGAGAAGGGUGGCGUGGGGGAGCAGGGCAGCUCAUGGCCUGUUUUCUAGCUUUGGUGGGUGAGGAUCUGGCUGCAUGGAGGGUCCUAAAUCCCUGAUUUCAGUGAUAAGAAACACUGGGACACAUCAGGGUGUCCCAAAAAGCCAUCCUGAUGAUGCUUCUCUCCCCUGCUCGUCUCACAGACUGCCCCCCAGGGAUGCUGAUACAAGUCUGGGGUCCCCUUGCCUGGGUGCAGACGGGUCCUCCCCUACCCUGGGGGUUCUCUGAGCCCCCAAAGUGCCACGAAAGGUGACUGGAGCGGCCUGGCAGAGGAGCAGGAAGCAGAUGAGACAGCCGUGGUUGUGCAAGAGGGGUGCUCGUCCUCACUGGGCAGUGUCGCAACACCGCCGUGGCCUGAGCCUGUCCCUGCGCUCCCAUUGUCCCCAUGCUCCCAUUGUCCCUGUGCUCCCGUUGUCCCCACGAGCCCAUUGUCCCCAUGCUCCUGUCCCCACAAGGGGUUGGGGGCAGAAAGUGGCAGCGCUGGACCCGUGCUGGACCCCGCACCUGGUGCGAUGCAA